UUUGCGUCGCGAUCAAAAUCGUUUCGGGGAUAACCUGAUUUUUUGAUCGUGGUUUUUGCAAUCUUUUCCGCCUUAAAAGAUUGUAAGAGAAGAUAUUAGUUGACAAAGAGUAGGAAAAUUGUCUGGCAAAGAAAAACGUAUGAAAGAAAUCAAGGUAUGAAUCAACUACACAAUGAACAUCAGCCGGGGUAGUAAUAUAUAUGUCAUCGUAGUCCUUCUGUUGCUACUUCUAGUCCAAGUCGGUUCUAGCCUCUGGCCAGCGAUUCUGGGUGAGCCUAAAGACGUAGCAGUAACGCCAAGUACCACAGGGCCAACCGCGUUCACAAUCCUCUGUCUCAAGUCUCAGGGUUCGUCAGUGGCUUGGUUUUUUAACGGAAGACCGGUGGACAUCCGUAAUCGGGACUUCAGGGUAAUAAGUGAUGGGUCUCUUCACGCAAAGAAUGCGGUCAAAGAAAGAGACGAAGGGUCUUAUUACUGCCUGGUGUCCAGCGGAAACAGAGCGAUUCGUAGGAGAAGAGCAACGGUGAAAUUUUCUUAUCUUAAUCCAUUUACUAUCCGCGACAAGGUGGUCUCCAAGGACGAAGGAGAUUUCCUCUCCAUAAAGUGCAUGGCUCCUAACUCUUUUCCACACCGUACCAUCCAGUGGUCAAAGGAGGUAAAUGGGAAAAAACAGCCAGUGAGGUCGUCUUCGCAUCUGACAAUAAGCGAAGCCAAGGACUUACAUUUUGCAUAUUUGGAAAGGUCAGACUCUGGAGUGUAUAUGUGCACUGUAACAAACCUCUUCAUCCUGAACAGUGUGGAGAGACAAGUUUCUCUACUCGUAGAACCAGCGACAAAUCAGCUUCACAAGCCACCUAGAGUUGCCGAUGACUUUAGUAUUCCAAAGACAGCCUUCAAAGGAGAGAAAUUUGUCCUGGAAUGUAUCGUUUACGGAAACUAAACCAGAGUGGAUAAUAAAGCCAAAAGACAUUACAUCUGGCUCUAACAGCACAAUCACUUUGCCCUGUGUUGCUUUUGGUAUACCAAACAUAAGAUACAUAUGGUAUCGAAACGGCAAACCGAUUGUAGGGACAAACAGACAUGAAAUUACACUGGGAAAUUUGACUAUCAAAGACUUGAGGCCUCACGAUAAUGGAAUCUAUCAGUGCUUCGUCGGAAACAAACAUGGCCAAUUACAUGCUGAUAUUAAGCUAACUGUCUCAGAGGUUCCUGCCGGCUUUGGCCCAGGGAGUAAAGCGCCACAACGAGCCCAAAGUGCCCUCAUACAUUCAAGUGUUGAGCUAAUAUGUAACCCAACUGGAGAACCUAAGCCCGUCGUACGCUGGCGAUUUGGCGCCGCUUAUCUACAAAGUAAAGGAAGGUUUCAUAUUUCAUCCAACGGAAACUUAAGGAUCACUAACGUUACCAAAUCCGAUUCUGGGGAGUACAUUUGCGAAGCUUCCAACACACUGGGUAAAGCCUCGAGAAAGGGAAUCGUCAAUGUUGUCGAACACAUCGUCGAAACUAAAAACAUGGACCAGACGAUGACAGCUGUCCUAGGCGAGAACAUCAGAUUUCUAUGCGGCGUUAGAUCAAUCAGCAAAAUAGAGGUUACCUUCAAAUGGCUAAAAUUUUUUACCCAUGAAAUCGUGUCAAGUUCGCGCGUGAGAAAAACAAGAACAGAUAUCAGGAACAGUAUGUUAUCAACAAGUGAUCAGAGAGGAUACUUGAAGAUCAGUAGAGUUCAAUACAGGGACGCUGGGCCUUACUCCUGCGAAAUAAGGGGCAAUAACAAUAAACUGAUCGCCAAAAAGAUGGUCCUCUUGAAGGUUAAAGGUCCUCCUGAUCCACCGACAGAUGUGAACAUCAGUGAAGGACACGCUAAAGGCGAACAUGUCAACGUCACAUGGAUCCUUGGAAAAGCGAACAGCAGUCCGAUAAAAAAAGUUGUUAUUGAGUACACGACCCAGUUUUCUCCAAAGAAAUGGCAAGUCACUGCUGAGGAAUCUGAACCUCGGAAAGGAUGGGCACAGAUUGCAUUGUCUCCAUAUGUAAAAUAUAUUUUCCGAGUCAUUGCGGUCAACGACGUCGGGAAAAGCAACGCCAGCGCUCCGUCCAUUAGCUUCCAGGCACCACCAGCAGCUCCAACAAGGUAUCCUCUUAACUUGACGGGUGAGGGAACAAACUCAACUACCCUAAAGAUCACGUGGACACCCAUCUCGCCCUUACACUACAAUGGACCAGGUUUCUACUACAUUGUUUAUCACAAAAGAACGGACAACAAAGAGCAGCCGAUAAGAGACGAGGUCAGAAAAGGCUCCUCUUUCUCUAUCACCGGCACUGAUUACUACGUGAAAUACACGAUCCAAAUACAAGCAGCAAACAACAUCGGCUUUGGACCACUGAGUCCAGCUGUUAUCGCUUUCUCAGGAGAAAAAGUACCGGUGGGAGCCCCCCGGGACCUUGAUGUCCGUAUUACAUCUCCUAAUUCAGCUUAUGCAACAUGGACGGGCGUCCCUAAAACGAGAGAGACCGCCCGUGGCAAAUUGUUAGGGUAUAAGGUGUAUUUCUGGAAAGCGCCGAGUGGUCAAACCCCCUACCAAGCUGAGGUCGAGACAACAAUUGAAACAUCUGUCAGUCUACAUCUACAACCUUACACAUCGUACAGAUUUCAAGUUGUUGCUUACAACAGAAUGGGCGAUGGACCAGCAAGUAACGUCAUAGGUCCAUUGACCACACCUGAAUCAAUACCAGAUUCACCCCGGAGAUUCUCCCUUAACAUCCAUAACCAAAGCUUCAUAAUACUUCAGUGGAGCCCUCCUGAAAGAGCCAAUGGCAUCAUCUCUGACUACCAGGUAACAAUAGAGAAAGUACCAGUCACAGAAAUGACAAUGAGCGGAAAUACAAAUGACAGCAAUCCACAAAUGAGACUCCCCCUACUUGACCUGCAGGCGAGGUACAAAUUCUCAGUACUGGCUAUCAACAGAAUUGGGAAAGGUCCUCCACUGGUUGUAGAAUUUGAUCUCACAACAGCACCUCGAAUAUCUCCCCAAAAUGUGACAGCAAAUUUUGAUAAUAAAAACAAUGAGGUAGUCUUGAACUGGAGAAGUUCCUUGCAAGACAUUGAAGGAUUCCGGAUUUUUUACUGGAGUUCUGAAAGCGAUCUGCAAACCGUCGACGUUGCAAAAGAAACAAGAAGAACAGAAAUCUCUUUUGGUCUGGAGAAUGGGAAAAUUUAUCAUUUUCAGUUGGCAGCUUUUAAAAUAGUUCACGGCGGACAUUACAUAUUGGGUCCAAGAUCACAAGAAGUCACUGCAGGAAAAGAAAAUUUAAAAGCAAGAAGGACAAAGUCGACGGGAAGUUUCAUUGAUAGUCCUGGGACUUUGCUUCUGGGUUCACAGCUACUAUUCAUCAUUGGCUUCCAUUGGUUACAGGCCAGAUAGCAGUUAACGAGAUUCAGAGAUGUUAAAAAAGCAUUCCUGCGUCAAUCUCUUCGGGAGAAACCACCGUCAAAUCCCAAGAAUGAGAUGAGAUGUUCAUUUAAUCAGAACAAGUGAUUACUUAGUUCUAAAAACUACAGAUAGAAAGUUCAUCUCGUCUUUUAAACAUACUUAGACGAAACAACUGGUUUUUAGCCUCGAGCUUUGUUAAUAUAAACAAUUUUUCAGAGUCAGGGAAAAUAUAUACUCCAAAUCAAGGAGGAAGGAAAAAGAAUUCACACCAUCUUUUCGUGAACUUUUGAACGAUUUACGAAAUAUAGUUAUCAAGCUGUUUUGGAAAGUGCCAACUAUAACAUCCUCGUGAAUUUACAACGAGACGGUCCCUAAAAUGCAAUGACGUCUAUCACUUAUAAUUAAAUAUUUGAAUAUUUAUUUUAAUGUACUUUAAUUCUGAAUGAAAGUCUCAAAUUCCCCUUCUUUCUGGCUUCCUGAAAGUUCACAUCAUCUUGGGAUUACGCUGGAUUCGGAGUUUCAGUCAGGGUACAAACGUUAUUGCACUAAUCUGAUGUUGGUGGCCAAUGACCGCACCAAAGAAAAUUGGAAGUGCACUGUCAAGGGCUUUACCUAAAGCUACUACUUACAACCAUUAACGAUUUCUAUAUCCCGAAAUAGUGUUAAUUAAAACCCCACUUGUUUUAUAACAAUUCAAGGUUCGGUAUGGGUCAACCGCACAAAUUGUCAGGAAAUGUAAUAUAUGAAUUAAUUUGUAAUAGUUUUAUGAAACAUUUAAGAAAUAACGAUCAAUUAAUUAAUUAAUGUGUUUUGACACAUGAAUUUGUUUUAAAAGAAACUUUAAUGACGAUAUAGCCCAGUGCGAAAUGAUGGUCGUUAAUUAUGUUUGGGUUUUAGCCAAAUAAUGUUGUUUUAUAUUAAAGGAAAGUGUAAAAUGUAUAUCGUUCAGCAUUACAUAACUAAGCAGUUAGUUAUUGCUAUACGUACUUGUCAACGACUAGAUUUUGACUGAUCAAGCCUGAGAUGGACAUAGAUAUGGUUGCCAUAGAUGAACACAGCGGUCAAACGUCUGCGCAUGCGCGUACGUUGUAUAGCAUCCUAGUUGUCCUACAGACAACCAUACCAGCGUGGUAGGUGCGGUGUUUAAAAGCGGUCCAUUUUUUGGGGGGUGAAGCUAAAAAUAAAUCGGUUAAUCAACAAGAAAUCUAUAAUUAAGUAAGCUUUGUGUACAAAGUCUCGAGUUUUUCCUGUCCCUACUUUUGCUUCCUUCUAUAAGUUUACCUGAACAUAUUUUUCGCAUAUUUCACGUGAUAGAGGUUGCUUAUGUUUCUCUUUAAAUUUUGAGCGGGAAAUUGGCGCGCGGCCGGCCAAAGUUGACUCCCUUGUGCAUACCUGACGUUUGACCGCUGUGUCUUAUAGAUGUGUUCUAGGAUAUUCAGUCGUGUUACAGUUCAAACUUCAUUUUUUAUGCGUUUGUUAAUUUGUCAGGCAAAACCUACGAGUUUUGCUUUAGUUUGCCAGCUGAGGUAGAUAAAAAAUGCUAAUAAAAUGUUAAAAGAUA